CCCGCGGGCGGGCGGUGCAAAGGGUCCCGCGGGGCGCCCCCGCCGCGCGCGCGCGUGUAUGUGUAUGUGUGCGCGCGCGCCGCCCCCUCCCCCAUCGCGGCGCGGCGCGGGCGAGGCGAGGCGGACACACGGUCACGUUUCGUUUCUCCUCGUUUCCCAGGUGCCGAAGGGCGGCUGCGGAUCCCGCUCCCCCUCCCGCUGCCCGGAGCCCCGCGCACCCCCCGCGCCCGGCUCGGAGGCGCAGAAAGCGGAAGAGGAGCCGGCCCCGGCCCCGGCCCCGGCCGCGCGGAGCGGAGCGGAGCGGAGCCGAGCCGAGGCCGAUGGCGGAGCUGGGCAGCCGCGGGGCGGGCAGCGGCGGCGCAGGGCAGCCCGCGUCGCCGGGCGCCGUCCAGGGGAAGGUGGCUUUCAAGGCAGGCGAUGGGGAAGGCGGCGGCGGCGGCAGGAGAUCCUGCCUGAGCAGCGGCGUCUCCAACGGGGACUGCGCCCUGGGGGGAGCGGGAGACGAGCUGGCAGCGGCCGCGCCCGGCAGCCCCGGCUGGGAGAGGGGCUGCGGCGGCAGCCAGCAGCGGGAGGGCAAGUCCGGCAUCCCCCGCCGGAGCAGCAUCAUCAAGGACGGUACAAAGCAAAAGAGAGAACGAAAGAAGACCGUGUCAUUUAGCAGCAUGCCAACAGAGAAGAAGAUCAGCAGUGCAAAUGACUGCAUUAAUGCAAUGCUUGAAGGCUCUGAGCUCAAAAAGAUUCGGUCCAACUCUAGAGUGUACCACCGGUAUUUCUUUUUAGAAGCAGAUAUGCAGUUCCUACGCUGGGAACCUUCAAAGAAGGAUUCUGAAAAAGCGAAGAUUGAUAUUAAAUCAAUCAAAGAAGUAAGAACAGGAAAAAAUACAGAUAUAUUUCGCAGCAAUGGCAUUUAUGAUCAGAUAUCAGAAGACUCUGCAUUUUCUAUCAUUUAUGGAGAGAACUAUGAGUCACUAGAUCUUGUUGCUAACUCAGCAGAUGUUGCAAACAUUUGGGUUACUGGGUUAAGGUACCUGAUUUCUUACGGAAAACAUUCUCUAGAUAUGAUAGAAAGUAGCCAGGAUAAUAUGCGGACUUCAUGGGUUUCACAAAUGUUCAGUGAAACUGAUGUGGAUAAUUUGGGACAUAUACCACUUUGUAAAGCUGUACAGUUUAUUAAAAAUUCAAAUCCUGGUUUAAAAACAAAUAAAAUAGAGUUAAAGUUCAAAGAAUUACAUAGAUCCAGGGACAAAACUGGUACUGAAGUCACAAAGGAAGAAUUUAUUGAAGUUUUCCAUGAGCUUUGUACCCGACCAGAGAUCUACUUCUUGUUGGUUCAGUUUUCAAGCAAUAAAGAAUUCCUGGAUACCAAGGACCUUAUGAUGUUUUUAGAAGCAGAACAGGGUAUGGCACAUGUCACAGAAGAAAUAAGCCUUGAAAUUAUUCACAAGUAUGAACCAUCAAAAGAGGGCAAGGAAAAGGGUUGGCUUUCUAUAGAUGGUUUUACUAAUUACCUUACUUCACCAGACUGUCAUAUAUUUGAUCCAGAGCAUAAAAAGGUGUGUCAAGAUAUGAAACAGCCUUUAUCGCAUUAUUUCAUAAAUUCAUCUCACAACACAUACUUGAUAGAAGAUCAGUUCCGUGGGCCUUCUGAUAUCACCGGAUAUAUUCGUGCUCUUAAAAUGGGUUGUCGAAGUGUUGAACUGGAUGUAUGGGAUGGUCCAGAUAAUGAGCCUGUAAUUUACACUGGACAUUCAAUGACAUCACAGAUAGUCUUCCGUAGCGUAAUUGACAUUAUUAACAAGUAUGCAUUUUCUGCUUCAGAAUACCCUGUUAUUUUAUGUUUAGAAAAUCAUUGUUCUGUUAAGCAGCAGAAAGUGAUGGUUCAACACACGAAGAAAAUUCUGGGGGAUAAGCUACACACACAGUCUCCAAACAUAGAAGAGUCUUACCUUCCUUCACCUGAGUCACUUAAAGGGAAAAUACUAAUUAAAGCAAAGAAGCUUUCCUCUAAUUGCUCAGGGCUGGAGGGGGAUGUUACAGAUGAAGAUGAGGGAGCAGAAAUGUCACAGAGAGUAGGGAAAGAGGGUGUAGAACAACAGAACAUUGUGGCAGGGAAACGAUUUCAGCUUUGCAAAGAGCUUUCUGAAUUGGUAAGCAUAUGUAAAUCAGUUCAAUUCAAAGACUUUCAAGUUUCCUUUCAGCUCCAGAAAUAUUGGGAAGUGUGCUCAUUUAAUGAAGUACUUGCUAGCAGAUAUGCCAAUGAAAACCCAGGGGACUUUGUGAAUUACAACAAACGUUUUCUUGCUAGGGUUUUUCCCAGCCCAAUGAGGAUUGACUCUAGUAAUAUGAAUCCCCAGGAUUUUUGGAAAUGUGGUUGUCAAAUAGUAGCAAUGAAUUUUCAGACGCCUGGUUUAAUGAUGGACCUCAACAUUGGUUGGUUUCGACAAAAUGGGAAUUGUGGCUAUGUCCUUCGUCCUGCCAUCAUGCGAGAGGAAGUAUCUUUCUUCAGUGCAAAUACAAAAGACACUGUGCCUGGAGUUUCACCUCAGCUGCUUCAUAUUAAAAUUAUUAGUGGACAAAACUUUCCUAAACCCAAAGGGUCAGGUGCCAAAGGAGAUGUUGUGGAUCCUUAUGUUUAUGUUGAAAUUCACGGAAUCCCUGCAGACUGUGCGGAACAAAGGACAAAAACUGUGCAUCAGAAUGGAGAUAAUCCAAUCUUUGAUGAAAGUUUUGAAUUUCAAAUUAAUCUCCCAGAACUAGCCAUGUUGCGUUUUGUAGUACUAGAUGAUGAUUUUAUUGGGGAUGAAUUUAUUGGGCAGUACACUAUUCCCUUUGAGUGUUUACAGACAGGGUAUCGUCAUGUUCCUCUGCAGUCUUUAACUGGAGAAAUGUUAUCACAUUCUUUCUUAUUUGUUCAUGUGGCCAUUACUAAUCGAAGGGGUGGAGGGAAACCUCAUAAACGGGGCCUGUCAGUGAGGAAGGGAAAGAAAUCAAGGGAAUAUGCCUCUAUGAGAACAUUAUGGAUUAAAACGAUAGAUGAAGUGUUCAAGAAUGCUCUCCAACCUAUACGGGAUGCUACAGAUCUGAGAGAAAAUAUGCAGAAUGCAGUAGUUUCAUUCAAAGAAUUAUGUGGCCUCUCUCCUGUAGCAAAUCUUAUGCAGUGUGUUCUGGCAGUGUCUACACGCUUGGUUGGUCCUGAUAAUACACCCUUGGUAGCACUGAAUCUCAAUGAUCAGUAUCCCACAAUGGAACUCCAAGGGACUGUUCCAGAGGUCUUGAAAAAGAUUGUAACAGCAUAUGACACGUUCAUGAACUGCAGCUUCCUCUGUGUGAUACUUCAGCAUACACUCUGCUGGUGUCAUCACACCCAUCACUGAACACUGCUGUAUACUGAAGCCUGGAGAUAAGGCAAGUGCUUCUUCCACACCAUUGCAUGUUUUUUAAUGUCUUAUGCCCUAUAGGAUAACUCAUGGGAAGAGUAAAAACUUUAUAAAACUGUGCAAUGGCAAGGGAAAAAAUACUUAUCUUGUUCCAAGAGGCAGGCUUCAGUCUGCAGCACUGUUCAAUAAUAAGUAUGAUGACACCAGCAAAGCAUAUGCUGGGACAUCAUUCAGCAGAAGCCAGCUGUCACAAAGAACUUGCUUGUCUGUGCAUCAGUUUUUAAUGUAAUGAUGAGGUAGCUAAUAACUGAAACUUGGUUGGAUAAUACUGUGGGAUCAGCUUUGAUGCAGUUGGCAUCUGUCAGGUUUUUGGUUCAAUAUGCUUAAGCCACUUAACAUGUCUGCAAGUAACACAGGUAGCCAUGUAAAUUGGGAAACUGGCACUAUCCAUUAACCAAGUAUCAUUGAUUCCAAUGUCCACUUUUAUCAAAUUAAGCACCCUGUUUAAUUUGUGCUUCCUAGAGAUAGGGUCUAGCUGCCACUGGUCUUCAUUUACUUCUGCAUAUUGAUGCAAAUAAAAGCCAUCUUGUUAGUUGAUAGAGGCCAUAAGUGUUUGAAGUCACCAAAACUGAUUUUGCUUGCUGACCCUGGCAUGCACUUGGAUGAUGAAUCCUCAAAAUAAUGGUAGUGUUCUGUCUUUAUUAUAAGUAGUCAUGUGGUUAUUAUAGACGGUUACAGGUUGAACUCAUAUACAUGGCUAAACUGAUAUUGUAGGUUAGAUAGUGGCAAAUUAAGACAGUGAUAUGAAGUAAUUUACAAACUAGUCAGGGGGGACCAGCAGGCAUUGGGGGAGUCCCUGUUCCCCCCAGCACUCCCAGGAGUGACAAGAAAUAACAGUCACAAGCUAGCAGAGGGUAGAUUCAGGCUAGAUAUCAGGAGGCACUACUUCACUGUCAGGGCGGCUAGGAUCUGGAACCAACUUCCAAGAGAAGUAGUGCUGGCUUCUACCCUGGGGGUCUUUAAGAGGAGGCUAGAUGAACACCUUGCCGGGGUUGUUUGACUCCAGUACUCUUUCCUGCCAUGGCAGGCGGUUGGACUUGAUAAUCUGCUCAGGUCCCUUCUGACCCUACCAACUAUGAAACUAUGAAUUUGCUGCAUUUUUACCUUAGGGGCUAUCUGUUCUGUUGGGACAAGCAAUUCCAUUUGGACUGCCCACUUUAAUGGAGUCAGAGCAGUACUGGUAGAGUCUGAGAGAAGAUAACCUUUAUUUGCUAGGCUGUGAGAUAAUGGUUAUUGUAGGAUGUUACAGUAAUCUUUUGUUUAUGGCCACUGACAGAACUUUACCUUCACAGCUUAUCAUGGCUUGCAACAGAAGAAUUUAGGGGAGUUGAACUCUUAUGGUAGAAAUAUUGGACUGAAGCUGAUCUAUUGUGCUAUAAAGAGUAACUGAACUCUGUAAGAUAAAGCUGUGUGGGAAAUAAAAACAAGUUCAUUGCCUCUUCCACAGACAAGGUUCUUUGGUUAAUCUGAUAUAUUUCGUUAGACCAACUCAGAUAGUUGGAAAAAUUCUUCUUUGCAAGCUUUCAGGUAUAGAUACCCCUUGUCAGGCUGAGGAAGUAUCUGCAGUUGGUCUGUGCUCUUCCUUGAUCGAAUAGUAAAGCAGCCAGAGGCCAGUAUGUGUGCAAGAAAGCCAGUCAGUGAAAAUGUCAA